GCAAAGCGUGCAGUGCACACUUCUCCGGGUACAAAGUAUACUUUUUUUUUUUUUCUCAUCACCUUGUAUACCUACAAUACUACAACGCAGUGUUUGCGUGUUUACCAGUUGUGCGUCGUGGUCGCGUGCUCUCCCGCAUACCACGCGCUCCGGUUUUUCCGUUUAGUUAUUGUCAAAUGUUCACGAAUGUUCAUGCACCCGCGUAAGGUAACUCUGGUGUUUUAUCCUCCGGAGUAGUGUCCCAAGGAUACAUUGUUACUGUAUUCGUAUGCCGCCGAGGUAACAUUCACGGCCAGGACGCUGCCUCUAGCGGGCGAGUCCAAAGGACUCUUUUCCUUCCCUGCAUACAUAUAUCCCUCUCCCGACUCGCUGGCAAACGCGUGUCCUGCCUCUUUCUCUCUACGCAUCUAAUUUGUUUCUCGAUUUGUGCCGCGUGUGUGUUUGUUUGUGCCCAUUGUCCGCGUGCAGUAAUAAUCAUUAUCAUCAUACAUUAUGAUCCCCUGAGUUGUUUCAUUGUUGGCGAAUAAGUUAUACCUAUACUGCUUGUAUCAUCUUGUUCCUGUGCAUACACACAUGAUGUGAAUUAAUGCAUUGUAGGACCAACGGCUCUCUCGAUGCACUUACGUGAGGCGGACGAGGAGGCCCGUGACGCGGACCAGUUCCAAGGAAAGCGGGAACCGGAAUGAGUCGUGGUGGUCUUCUUCUCCGUGAUCCGCGCUGAUGGUCAUCAGCAUGAGUCUCGCGCUCGCGUCGGCAGCCACCGGCGAAGAGGAAGAGUUCGACCGGCAACGAAACACGUCGCCGUGCCCAAGGCGACGAUGAUAGUCGACCAUCGUUUCUCCCGCAAGCGUCGGCGGGUUAAUUUAAGGGCUCACCCACACGGGACGGCCACCACCCUCGUACAGUUUCAUCGGUAGCACGUGGGGGCGCAACCGAUCCUCCCCCGCAGCAACGGCUCCGUUGGCACUCAAGCUGUAUAUACAUAUGCUGUACACCCCGGCGUAUCUUCGAGCGCGAGAAAACUCUCGUCUGUACAACAAAUUAACUUCGAGCCGGCGACAAACAGCAUUACACGCUGGUAAUUGCCGCCGCAAGUCCUUGAGCCAUCGAUCGGAGGAGUCGCAUCCUUUCGUCUCCCUUCCCUCGUUGGCUGCCGACCAGCUACAGAGCGAGAAAAGAGAGCUCCUCCGGUGCAUCAGAGGAGGAAAAAGGAAGAAGAAAAAAAAACACCCAAAGAGCAGAUAAAAGACGAAGCGAGGCAGCAAGAGUCUCUCUCGUGGCGGCGAGCGGAAAAAAGAAAGGAGGAGAAGAAAGAAAAAGGACACGCGAGAGCGCACACAGGUAUAUAAGUGUAUACACGGCACAUGUCUCGUGGAGCACCGUGCGCCCGUCGGAAGAGACAAGCAACGUCGCCGACGUCUUUGGCAAAGUGAGAGGCUCCAUUCCAACCGCAAGCGGGCUGAAUUAGCCUCGUUAAAGAUACACCGAGCGAGCCGCUCCUCCCGAACAAAGGAUCACCUCGGCGGAGCUUAGGGAGGCGCGCCGAUACACGACCGGGAGGAAGGGAGAGAAAGAGCAGCGACGAGGAGGCGCGUUGCCGUGGAGAUCCAUGUCCAGGGGCGUACUAUGGCCGGGGCGCUGUCAGAGAGUGCCCCCAGGCCCGUGAGCGUCGUCAGGGUGGACGGCGGCGAGACCGUUGCCACCACCCCUGCGAGCAACAAUACCAACGGCGACGAGCCCCCCUGCCUCGAUCGGCAGGUGACACCUGAUGUGGCUCCUACGAGCGAUGCCAGCGACAGACAGCAGCAGACCCCGGUCAGGUCGUUCGCCUCGACGGAGGCGCAAACCGAGCUGUCGCCCUCGCUCCUGCUGGUCCCGAGCCACCAGCACCACACGGACCUCCUCUCGGAGGAGUUGCGCGACGCGAGGAGGCGGGAGCGCCGGCUGCGGCGCCACCAUCGCCGGGCCCUCCAAAGGGCGAACGGGGCAGCGGCAGCGGCGGCGGCGGCGGCGGCUGUCGGGGGCUCGUGUGCCGUCAGUGGCCUGCCGCCGACAUACCCGGGCUUACUGGGGGCCGCCGCAGCUGGGUCUGUCGGGGGUGCCGGGCCCGCUUGUGCCGGCCUCGCCGGGGGCCCGGUGGCGCUGCACCAGCCGACGCAGGGGGGCGCCACGGGCGCGGUGCCGCUAGUCGGGCCGGCCGGGCCAGUGGGCGGCUUCCUGCACCCGCCCCCGCCCCACCUGGGCCUCAGGGGCCUCAGCCUCGGAUUGCCUUUCCCCGUGCCGGCGAGCGUCUCCGCCUUCGGCAGGGACGCGAGUCCGAAGCAGUGCUGCGGCCUGGGUUCACCGCCGGUGCGCUGGUCCAUCUUCGGCGUGGGUGUCGUCGGACUGGUGUGCGCGAGCGCGGGCGCUCUGCUUGGCGGGCUCAGGGCCACCGGCCGCGACCACAUAGCCGUCGCCCUCCUCAUGAUUGGCAUAGGAGUGGUGCUGGUGACGGUUAGCGCUGUCGCGUGGCGGGUGACCAGCCGCGAGGCCUGUGGUGGCUUCUUCGGACUGCCCGGCAUCUCUGGCAGAAUACCACCCGCUCGGCCGAUGCACCCUUACGCGGCCAUGAUCUACCCCGAGUUCCAGUUCAGGACGCCGCCACCGAGCUAUCAGGCGAGCAUGCAGGAGUACAGGCUACGGUUGCUGCUGUUGGACCGCCUGCAGCCGACCUCGUCGCCACCGCCGACCUACCGAUCCAACACCGGCAGUUACGCCGGUCCGGCGGGCCACCACCAACUGGCCAACAGCAGCAACGGCCCGAGCCACCACGCGCCGGUCGCCGGGGUCGUGGCCGCAACCCACCACCACCACCAGGCCACGAGUGCGACCAACAACCGCGAGAGCCGGCCGCCGAGCUACUGCGGCCGACAGAACGACGCGGGCACCUGCUCGCUCCUCGUGCCCUCGAAGAAGGACGCGAACCUCGUCAGGAUCGUCCAGACCGAGAGCGAGCCCGUCAUCCUGAGCGGCGAUCAAACGCCUCCGGUCGCCGCCGUCGAGGUCCUGGCUCACCUUUAAUACGCUUGCA